UAUUGUGGAUACAAAYUAAAUUUAUGAGAUUUUUAAAUUGUGUUUUUAUUCACAUUUUUAACUUUUUCAGAGCUGGAUGGUCUGCUCACAUUAUGUGCUGUAAAGAUGACAGCUUCAGGGAAUUGGGUGUGUUUACUGAUUAAAGAAUAUAAAAAAAACUUGUGGGACAGGUGGGGCUCAGUGUGGCCUUGGCUGAUACUGUUUCAGAGGCAGCUGUUCUCCGCGGUUUGGCGCCUCCUGCUGGUCAGACCAGACCAAAGUUCUUCUCUUAUCUCCCUAAUUUGAGGUUUAUCAAAUGAGCUCAGCACAAAGCUGGUGUGGAGUGACUCACGAGAUAAACGUUGAUUCAUCUGAAUUUAACCAAUGAUUUGGAAAUGAGAAUUUACGCACGAGCUUUGACGCCAAACUAUUAGUUUUUUUCUUUAAAUCAGACUCUUAUUUUGCUGAAGUGGUGAGAUGAGACACAGCAGCACUCAAACGUUUUGGGCUGUAAUAAAAUGUGCUGGUUUUAAGGCUCUUUGGUUAACCAGGACUGCCUGGAAGCGCUCCGGUCUGGAUGGACUUGUCUUUGCGCGUCACGGGGGCGGAGUCGGGAGCGCGCACGGAGAGCGUCCAGGACGCACAACCCAGCUUUUUUUUUUUUUUUCUUAAUAUUGGCUGCUCCGUUCUUCCACAGGAGUUUAUGUCUUCAAGUCUCUGCGUUGAGGAGACAGAAGAGAGAACGACGCAAUCUAACCGAGUGUUUAAACUAUGAUGUGCUCACUUUGCGCACUGAGAUAAUCCGGGAAAUGCUUCUCUUCGCAUGAGCAAGAUCACAUCAGGAUCUGAACCUGCCACAAUAAUGUCUCACGCACAGGUUGAGAGACCAGGACUGGCUUUCCCGGGCCUCUCCGUGGACAUGACGGACGACUGCCUGUCCCGGGUCCCCACCGUGCUCAGGACGCACGGCUUGGGCGCGCGGAGGAACUCGUACGGGCUGCAGAAGAUCACCAUGGACAUCGACUCUCCUCUGUACAGCAGCGCCCUGUCCAAAGCCCUGUCCUGGUCCGCCGAGAACAUCCUGACGCUGGCCGAGUCCAGAGCGGAGGAGGAGGAGGAGAAAACCGACGAGACUCCGCCGCCCUCCUCCCCGCCGGCGGCUUCCAGCUCCGGCGGCGGCGGCGGAGGAAGCGCGCCCMCGGGCAGCCGUGAGCCCGCCCCGGGGGGGUCCAGGUCCAGCGCUCACGACGCCAGCUCGGACUCCGACAACGACCUUCACCUCAAACAGACCAAGAUCUUGUCCCGCAUCACCUUUGACACUCAGUGGGAGCAGGAGGAGAAGGAGGACGUGGAGACCAAAGCUGUGGCGACCUCUCCGGAUGGAAGGUACCUCAAGUUCAACAUAGAGAUCGGCAGGGGGUCCUUCAAGACGGUCUACAAAGGUCUGGACACAGAGACUACCGUGGAYGUGGCAUGGUGUGAACUCCAGACACGUAAGCUAACCAAAGCAGAGCGGCAGCGUUUCAGCGAGGAAGUGGAGAUGCUAAAGGGCCUCCAGCACCCAAACAUCGUUCGCUUCCACGAUUCCUGGAAGUCGACGAUGAAGGGCCACAAGUGCAUCAUCCUCAUCACUGAACUCAUGACCUCCGGCACUUUAAAGACGUACUUGAAGAGGUUCAAAGAGAUGAAGCUGAAACUGCUGCAGCGCUGGAGUCGUCAGAUCCUUAAAGGGCUUCACUUCCUGCACACGCGCACUCCUCCCAUCAUCCACCGGGACCUCAAGUGUGACAACAUCUUCAUCACCGGCCCCACCGGCUCCGUCAAGAUCGGUGACCUGGGGCUGGCCACGCUUAAAAGUGCCUCUUUUGCUAAAAGUGUCAUUGGAACACCAGAGUUCAUGGCGCCGGAGAUGUACGAGGAGAAGUACGACGAAGCCGUGGACGUCUACGCCUUGGGGAUGUGCAUCCUGGAGAUGGCCACCUCRGAGUACCCGUACUACGAGUGCCAAAACGCCGCCCAGAUCUACCGCAAAGUCACCAGCGGCAUUAAACCCGACAGUUUCUACAAAGUAAAAGUCCCAGAACUCAAAGAGAUCAUCGAGGGCUGCAUUCGUAUGAACAAAGAUGAAAGGUAUACCAUUCAGGACCUCCUGGAUCACCCGUUCUUCCAGGAGAACAACGGCGUGCACGUGGAGCUGGCGGAGGAGGACGACAUGGUGAAGCCGGACCUGAAGCUGUGGCUGCGCAUGGACGACACCAAGAAGCUCCACGGGAAGUACAAGGACAACAAUGCCAUAGAGUUCCUCUUCGAGCUCUACAAAGACGUGCCCGAGGAGGUGGCUCAGGAGAUGGUCGUGCUUGGCUUCGUGUGCGAGGCGGACUUUAAGAUCGUGGCCAAGGCCAUACGAGACAGGGUGACGACCAUCAAGAGGCAGAGGGAGAAGCUGCAGCGGCAGGCGGAGCGGAAGAGGAAGCAGGCACGAGAGGCGAUCGAGGAAGAGCCGGAGCCUCAGUCGCCUUCGCCCAAAGUCAGCGAUGUCAUCACAGCCAGGUCCCCCACCCCGGCCCUGACGCCCUUGGCCUCCAUGACGUCCCCCAUCACCAGCUCUGCAGACUCCGGCGUCAGCUCCAGCUACCCCGCAGAGCCGGAGGAGCCCGAGGUGGAUCAGCACUUCCACGUCCGCUACAACAGCCUGUCUUCAGCUAACUCUGACUGUGAGACGGACGGCGACCAGAGUUCCUCCGGACUUCAGGAUCCACUGGAGGCCAACAGCUUUAACUCCCCCGCAUCCCCUUCAAACACGCAAACCAGCUCCCCCGUAGUAAAUGGCCUCCCCUUUCCAGCCGUGCGCUUCCCUUCGAGCAUCGCAGUUCUCAGUAACACAGAACGCGGACAUUCAGGACCUGCAAGCGACUUCAGCUCACCUGUAGACAGCUACGCCUCCGAUGUGACCUCAGGUCUGAGCGACGGUUACGAGGGCCUGUCGGAGAAGAGCGAGAAAUCCGCCGCGAAGCGAAACGCCGCCAAGCUGUUCAGGAGGAGGGCGCGCUCCAGGCUUCGCAUCACAGGGCUCUCUGACAAAGCYGACCGAGUGGUCGAGUGUCAGCUGCAGACGCACAACGACAAGAUGGUGACCUUCAAGUUCGAUCUGGACGGAGACAACCCAGAAGACAUUGCUGCUGUCAUGGUGCACAAAGAGUUCAUCCUCCCCUCAGAGAAGGAAGGAUUCAUCCAUCGAAUGGGUGACAUCAUCAAACGUGCCGAGGCUCUGAUGGCCAAAGAGCCGCCGGUUCACCCCAGCACGCUGCGGCUCGCACAGCUGGCAUCCCACGGCGGCGUGAACUCCCUGUCCACGUCACAGCCUAAUCUGCACAGCCACACCAUUCCUCGAACACACUCCUCCUCCUCUCUGCCUGACGACAGUGUGGCUAACCCGACUGUAGGYCUGCGUGGCGCUGCCCUGCGUCCUAACGGCGAGGUCUUCGGUCCAGACAUUGCUUCACCUGGGCGACCUCUUUUACGCUCGCAGUCUUUCCACUACGCCCCAGGUUCUCCGCUCGCCUACCAGCAUCACAGCCGCACCUCUUCUCUGCUCUCCCACCAGCAGCACUACCAUGUGCCCUACCUGGGCCAGACGCACUUCCCCUUCCCUUACCCGGGUUCUCCGGGUUCUCCGAAGCCAGCGGGGGUCCACCCGCCGCUAACUCGGGUAGCCAGCAACCCCACCUUCCCGUCCGUGCCCUCCCCYACCCCCAGCUCCCCCAGUCCCAUAAAUGAGACCUUCAGCCCUACAAACGAGAGCGCCACCAUGUCCCCGCCGACGCCGCAGCAGCAGCACCCCAACAUGUGGCCCGCCCACACGCAGCCGUUGUUCUCCCUGGCGAAUGUCAUCUCCAUGGCCAUGAGCAUGGCCCAGUCCUUCAUCCCCCCCGGUAACCUCCCCACCCAGGGCAUGCCCCCCUAUCCGGGCUUCCACCCGCAGCUACCCAGCCCMUUAGCCUCUCAGCCGGGUUACCCCGCCCUCUACCCGAACCAUUACCAGGCCCCAGCGCAGCCUGUGGAGCUCCCCUACCUGCCGGUGGGCAUCUACCCAAGCCCCGAGGCUGCGCCUCACAUGGAAGCAGCGGCGUUUUACCACAACCUUCAUCCACAGUGGCAACAUCCCGUGUCGCCACCUUCCGUGCCUUCCACCCCGUCCACUCCUCCACAGGCAGCCAGACCCAGCGGCUCCCCCAGUCCCACUAAAGAGGACGGCUCCACUGCACCACACUCAGCCCAGCUGCAGCCAAAAACCAGUUCAGACGGGUCCAAGUCGUCAGAUCUUUCCCCGCCACCUCCUGUGAGCCCKAAAAACAAAGUGUCCUCAGUCAGUAGUCACUUCCAUCCAGCAGGACCUGAGACAAACACCAGUCCUACAAAACUGAAAACUUCUCCUGAUGRAUCUGUUACCGUCGGGAGGUUCCAGGUGACCCCCAGCAUCGACAUCCCCGACCCCGUCGCACCCGCUGCACCGCAGACGACCGGGAGCCCCCAGUCUGAGAGCAGCACGGAGGAGCAGGUGGAGUCUGAAACCAGCAUGGGCACCUCCCUCACCAUGUCCCCUCCUCACCCCGACAGAGGCACUUCCACAGGGGUCCAGCAGGAGGCUGGCAACCCACCYGGGUGGGCUGUGAGCCAGGAGCAGCAACAGCAGCAGCAUCGUCGACACGACAGAGGAGGUGAAGGAGAAGAAGGUGAAGACGAGGAGGAGGAGGAGGUGCUGGAGGAGCGGUCGAGGGCGAGGAAGAGAGGGCGCAGGAGGACGUGCAGCCUCAGCCUGAUGGGGACAUCGGCCGACAGCGGCCUCUCGGUGACCGCCGCCGACCCCGAGGGGAGGCUGUGGGACGGCGCGGCGGGGAGCCCUCAGUACGGCAACGCUCUUCAUCACCUGUGGAUGACGACGUACAACCGAAACACCCCGUACCUGAGCAGCGACGACUCGGACAGCGACGGCGAGGAGAUGCUGGUGGAGCUUCAGGAGCUCAGAGAGAAACAUCUGUCAGAGGUCCAGACUCUGCAGGCGGCCCAGAAGAGAGAGAUCGAGGAGCUGUAUGAGAGGAUGGGGAAGGUUCCCCCGCCGGGCAUCGUCUCUCCUGCUGCCAUGCUGUCCAGUCGGCAGCGCCGCCUGUCCAAAGGGAGCGGCUUCUCCUCGUCUCGCAGGAACAGUCUGCAGCGCGUGGACAUGGUGCCCCUCCAAGGCAUCAUUAGGAGAAACUCUCUCGGCAGCAGCAGCAGCGGCUCGCAGGAUAAACACAGUAAAGGCGUCACCUUUGCCAAAGACAUAAGUAGAAUGUAAGACGCAGCAAAGCAUGCUGAAGAUCUGGACUACCUCAUCUGAAGUGGGACUGCAGUCAAAGCGGUCUUUAACCCCYCGUCACCGGCACGCCGAUCAACACWCUGCUUCCCUUCGUCACCAAUCACACGCCGGAGCUCACUUACCUCAAACUGAUAGAAACUGUUACUGAUGGAGCGUCCAGCUCUCACAUCUGCUGACAUCGCUGCAGCUCAGUGUGUCUGCUUUCUGUUAAAAGUGACAUUUCUCUCUCUCUCUCUCCUGUAAAUAAAUGGUUUGGACGUAUUGAA